AUGGCGCGGGGGGCGGUGGUGUUUGAGGUCGGCUCUCAGGGACCUGCACCGAUUAAAGACUAUUUCUGUCUGCAGGUCACUCAGACGGAGGUGAUUUGGCGAUGGUGGAAGAUUUCUUUACGACCAAAUUCACGCAACAUGAGACCAGGGGAAGUGAGAGAGUCACACAGAGAGUUUCUGGACGACAGCCGGCUGCAGAGUCAGGUGUUGAUGGUGUUCGGUCCUCCUGUGCUGCAGUACUCUAAGUGUUUGUGUCAGGGUCAGUAUGAUUAUCUCCAGCGUCUGCCAGAUUCUUUACUCCUCCUCAUCACGGCACAUUUAGAGCUGGAGGACGUGGCGCGGCUCGCACUCACCUGUCACAGGUUUAAACAGCUCUGUAGCUCUGAGCAGUUUUGGGAGCAGACCGUACGCCUGCACUGUGACACCGUGACCCCCGGGAUGGAGGACUUGGCCCGAGACGUGGGAUGGAGGCGAGUUUUCUUCACCAACAAACUCCAGCUCCAGAAGGAGAUCCGCCGCCGCAGAGAAGGAAAUAAACGCGCACACACGCACGGGAGAUUUACUGAGCAACACGUCUGA